UCUCGUUCUCGCUCUCGCUCUCGUUCUUUUUCUUUUGCCUUUUGGCUAUCGCCCCUUCACUUUCCCUAUCCUUUCCGUCCCUUCCAUUUCUCCCCCAAAUCCUUGUAACCCGCGUCCUAUCGGAAGAGAAAAUUUAUUUUAUUUGCUUCUUUUCGAUUUCUUUCAUUCUUUUUUGAAUAAUAUACCUGGCCAAAGAGCAUAAACUUCCAAACUACAGACUGAGCGCCUUUUGUUUUCCUUCUAUUCAAUUCUAUUUUUGCAAUUCUAUUUCUACUUAUAAUUCUGCUUCCGCUCAGCGCUCUGGCCAAUUCGCAGCUCUGGUUUCUCGCAAUUCAGCUCAGCGCGUACAUUAUUUCCUUCAAAGAAUUUCGCGGCCGACAUAAUUUUUUACUGCUUUGGCCUGGCCGGUAUUACAUGCAUCGCGGAACAAACACGGCCCUCUCGCGACAUACUCCAUUUUCCACACAGUCUCUCCACCGGCUCUGACUCCCUCGCGCAUGAGCGAUGACAGACGGCUGGUCGCAGUCGUCACCGGGGCCAACCGCGGCAUCGGCAAAGCAAUCGUGCGGCGGCUGCUGCUGCAGACCAGCAAGCCGCUGAUCGUGUACCUGACGGCGCGCAAUGUCGACCGCGGCCAGGCGGCCUUCGACGAGCUGCGGCACGAGCAGCUCAAGGCCGAGCCGCAGCUGAGCAACGAGCUGCGCUUCCACCAGCUGGACGUGGCCGACGUUGACAGCAUCCAACCCUUCAUCGACUACCUGCGUCUGAUGCACGGCGCGCAGGGCGUUGACGUGCUGAUUAACAACGCCGGCGGCGUGGUACGCGACAGCAGCGGCGUAGUGCGCAGGUGCGACGCCGACACGGCGUACAGGACGGUGCACAUGAACUACUUCACUGCUGUCAGUGUCACGUCUUUGAUGCUGCCACUGAUGCGGCCGCGCAGCCGCGUGGUGUUUAUGGUGACGGCGCUGGCGCACCUGGGCAUUUUCUCGGGUGACCUGCCCAAAGUGCUGGCGUCGGACGACCUCAGCCUGCAGGGGCUGCACAUUAUCGAGAACGGCUUUGUGUCGUCAGUCGGCAAGGGCACCUUCAGCGCCUACGGAUUUCCGCCAAUGCCGUUCGCCGUGGCCAAGGCCGGCCUGAUUGCCUACGCGCGCAUGCUGGCGCGCAUCUUUGCACGCGAUCCUCGCGGCCUGAUCUUUGCUGCUGUGUGCCCCGGCUACGUCAGAACCGACAUGACCGGCCCAUACGCGCCGCUGACGCCGGACCAGGGCGCCGAGACGCCGGUGUACGUGGCGCUGGCCGACGACGAGAAGCGCUCAAAAAAAUGUAUACAAUGA